UGUUUUGAUUUGUAUUCUUAUUAUUAGCUAUUUGGAGCAUACUUGUAUGAUUAUAUUUACUUUUCAGUUCUUUUGAGAACUAUUUAUUCACGGUUAGCAUCCCCUUGGAUCCUUCUAGCAAGUGUUGUACUAGUCUUUGUACCUUCUUCUCUGACUUCCCUUAUCCUGAUAAAACAACCAGACAAAAACAAACAAAACAAAAAUACCAACAAUUACAUCUUCUCUUGCACAUUUUACCAUAUUUUACUCCUAUUUCUCUCCACUUAUCCACUGCUAAAUUUCUAGCAAGAGUGAUUUAGCUUCCUUGUCUUAACAAGUGUCUUAACCUUGAACAACCCAAAAGUCAGAUUAACUCAUACAUUGAUUAAAUACCUACUGUGAACCAGGCACUGUGCUAGUGGACAAUGAAUAUAUUGGAGAGACAAAGAUAACUGAUAUUUGAAGGAAACCAGAAAAGGUAAGAGAUGAAGGUGAGGAGGAAGAGAGUUCCAGAUUUGGUGAACAGCUAAUGAAAAUUCCUGGAGUUGGGAGUGUCUAGUAUGAGGGAAGGGCAAGGAGGAUGUCUGAGUUAUGGGUUGGUGUAUUUGGGGGAACAGUGAUGGUCAAGAAUAAGAAGACUAGAGUAGUAGGAAGGGGCCAGCGUAUGGUUUGCUUUUCUAGUAAACAAUUGACUUUGUCAAGUGAAGAAUCAUGGCAACCUGCAGUUAAAACCAGAUUUAAAUACAAACUCAUCAUUUCUGCCUCUCAGAAUGCUUGUCAUCAUGGCUUUACUCCUCCAUGCUCUUAAUUUCUUCUUCUGUAAAGUAGGGAUAAAGUGAGGUCAUAUUUAUAAAGUACUUUGCAAACCUUUAAGCACUAUCUAUUUUCUAGCUAUCAUUAGAUAUUACUUUUAGUUUUCUUUAAUUUUCCUAGUACUAUAUUUUCUGCACAUGCUCUAUCUCUUCCUUCCAAGAGUUUAUGUUCUGCUGGGCUAAAGCAUUAGGAACAUGAGAAUUGUAAAAUGCUCUCAAUGAAACAUGAAAAGGGAAUAGACAAACUUUUAUGAGAAUUCAUGAUUGAAGUGGUGACUCAGCUGUAUACAGUUUGAGAAAUAAUAUGUUUUCAAGAUUUUCAAGUUGCCUCCUGAUACAAAAGAAAACAGAACAACAUUUUUUAGCCUUAAUAUUUUUUUGGCAAUACUAUGUGGUUGUGACUUACUGGACAUAGUAUUCAGAAGAAGAAAAAAUUACAAGUUAUCACAUGGUACAGCAUGUUGCCAAUGUUUAGUGUGGCAGAAAAGAAGUAAAAGGCAUUCUAAACUCAGGCCUCAGCAGGUCUGAAGUAAUGGGGGUGGAUCAUAGAAACAAAGUAACAACUAAAAGAGAAAAGUGGUUAUUGUAGGAAAAUCUCUAAGGAGAUUUCUACCUUGACAAUGAAACUCAGUAAUCUCCAAGAUAGGUCUCCUUAAAGAUAGCAUCAGUCUUGCUCUACCUAUAGCAGCCAGUUUUGGAGAGGAAAUAAAAUACAGCUUGAGGUUUUCUACUGAUAUAACCACACAGACGUACAACUUGGGGGUUUCUUUAUCACAAUACUUCUAUUAUUCCUCCUCUUGCAUAGCACCAAGGGUAUAUAUAACGGAAAAGGAGGUGAGAUGAUCAGUGUCUAGGUUAACAGCCUGAAGGCUGUUGCAAUAAUCAUAGUACAUGAGGAAAAUCCUCAGUGAACAGAGGAAAUCUGUGAUUAUGGAGUUUCUGUGACAGACAGAAAAGAGAAGACCAAAAAAGAGUUCCAAGUAUGGUAUACUUGAUGGGAGAGUACUCAGAGAAAUAUCAGGGUAGAAAGAUGCUAGGGAAAGACACUGACCAAACAAAGGAGAAGGGAGGAAUGGAGGCUAGACUUCUCCUUCUGAGGAUGAAUAAUUGGGAAAAAGAGACUGAGACAGAUAUUUAAUGGUGAUUGAGGGGUCAGGUCAUUUUACUGGUUGUUGGAAUAGGAAUUUUGAAGAGGGAAUGGGGUGAGGUGAGGGCAGGAAAGAGUAGGAAUUGUGGAAUGAAUCACAGCUGCCCCUGAGAAUGUGACAGGCAGGAGGGGAGGCUAUGGGCAAAGUGCCUUUUUGCAUGUAAAGUAGAUGGAAAAUCUUGGACCUUCUAACUCUGUGCCUAGAUUAAACAACCUGUACAAGGAAUGGAAUCUGCUUUAGUUCCUCUUUCUCGCUUGAAGGUGAGUAUAUCAAUUGUAUUUUAAAUGCAAAGCAUAAUCAUAAAGCUGGGAAAGUCAUUUAACCUCUCCAGACCUCAGUUUCCUCAUCUUUUAAAAGAGGAAUUUGGACUAGCGGGUUUCUAAAGUCUCUUCCAGCUCUGAUCCUUUGAUCCUAGUGCUUUUUGGGUAGAUUCAUUGCCUUUUUAUAAAAAUAAUCUAAGGAAUUGCCUUUUCGAACUAGAGACAGCUUAUAGAGUUUAAAAAAUAAAUACCACACCACAAACUGAUUUAAAUCCUGAAGAAGGAAUUCAAUUUUGCUGAAGAAAUGAAUAUACAAAUAUGUACAAAAUUUACUAGAGUAGCUUAUUCACCUAGCAGAACAGUAUGUAAUACUCCAAUUUAAGUUCUAAGCAAUUUGGGUUUAGUAGUGAAACUUUAGAAUCUCCAUGCCUGAAACAAACAUGUGCAGAUAUGCUUUACAAUAAAUCUUUUACUUAUUUUCAAAAAUUCAAAUGGCUUUGUUAACUUUUGUUCAUUAAUUUUUCUUUAUGGAGUUUGUCUGCAAGUAAGGUAAAUAAUGGGUAUUCAAAAGGUAAGUCCUAUUGAGUUGACUUAAAACUAUCAUUUUUAGAUUUUAACAACUUUUCCUCGAAAUAGUUAGGGACUUGUCCAAAGUUAUACAUUCAGUUAUUGAUCAACUCAAGAGUAAAAACCAGGUUGCACCUCUUGCUAUAAUGCUCUUUCUAUUUAAGUAGAAUGAAGGAGAAAGGAUUGAAUGAAGAGCAUUCUGAAUAAUUCAAUUAAAAAUUCUUUUGCAUUUAUCAUCAUUUUGUACUUAUAUAAGUAUCAAACUAUUCACCUCAACUUCUCAAAAUUCCUAGGCUUACAUUACUGUACUUGAGAUCAAAAUAUAUUAAAAGUUUCUAGUGUUAUUGUUAUUAUUGUGUUGUAAUUUUUUUGGAAGGUUUUGGAGGAUACAUCCAGACACUCUAGUCUUUAAUAAACUUGGACCUUUUCUUUAUUCCUGUUCAAAAUAUGAAAAUGUUACAAAUUGUUUUCCUGACUUAAGCUACCAUUUGCAUAGUGUCUUCCACAGUGCUUUUGUGUUUCCAACCUUCACAAUAAAAUAGAGGGAAAGAUAAAGUUGACAGUAUAAUUGAAUUUGAAGUAGCUGCAGAGCCGGGCUUGUUGCAACAGCUGAUUUGAUCCCUGGGCUGCCUUUCCAGAGCUAUUUAUGGUAGAUUAGCUGGUAUCAACACUCUACUGUUCAGCCCAUAAAAGGCUGGUCCUAUGUGAACUUGCCACACUGCAUUUGGCAUAGUCCUCAGAGGCUGCCGAGAUUGUCUAGCUUCGUGUGGAUAAGACCAGUGAUGGAUGGGAGCACAGAAGCCAGACUGACAAACUGCAGCCUUGAGGACUCCCGACUGCUAAGGACUUGUAAAAGAAAACUCUGUCCCAAAACGCUCCGGUACUCCUUGCUCAGGGGAGAUUUGGACCUAUAGCUUUUGCCCUGUUCAUGUAGUUGGCUUCUAUACAUGCUUAUUGGAAAGUCCCGAGCUAAAUUUACUCUCUUCUGAAUCAUCUUCACCGAUUUCAGCAAGAAAAGAUCAGACCUUUUCCAACUACCACAUCAAAGAAGAAUAUCAAGUUUUCAGAGAGAAUUUUCACUUGAAGAAAAGGAACAACUUGUCAAUAAUAGAAGAGAUAUCGAUGCUAAUCUUUUAACUGUACUUCCCAAAGUUGCAGAACUAAGAAAACUCUUUGAGCCAAAGAGAAAAGAAGUUUUAGAAAUGAAGAGAAAAGAACGAAUUGCCAGACGCUUGGAAGGAAUUGAAAAUGAUUCGCAGCCCAUACUCUUGCAGAGCUGUACAGGAUUAGUUACCCACCGAUUACUAGAAGAAGAUACUCCCCGAUAUACGCGAGCUACAGACCCCUACAGCCCCCAUAUUGGUCGAUCUAAUGAAGAGGAGGAAACUUCAGAUUCUUCUGUUGAGAAGCAACCUCGAUCCCGAUAUUGCAUAGAAACUUCCACCCUCAAUACAGAGUCAUCCUACAGCCCAGUGAUGAUGGACACCCAGGGACUGGACUCCAAAGCUGAGAGAAUAGCCAGAUAUAAGGCUGAAAGGAGGAGACAGCUUGCUGAAAAAUAUGGGCUGACUCUAGAUUCCGAUGCAGACUCUGAAUAUCUGUCGCGUUAUACUAAGACCAGAAAGGAUCAUGAUGUCGAGAGGAGGGGAGGUAAAAGUGAGAAGCAGGAGGAGGAGAGCAAAGACUUGACUUAUCAUUAUUCUAGGACUGAGACUGUGGAGCCCAGGAGCACCACAGCUGAAUCCAAGGACUAUGGCUUUCAUGGGAGUGAUGGUGUUAUUGAUAAGGAGGCACUGUUGAAUGUGGAAAACCACAGAAGAGCCCAAGAAUUGAGUGCAAUUGGCCAGAUCCAUGACUUGCCACCUGCAGCUGAUGCUUCCCCCUCCUUUUCCUUUUCUGGACGAGAAUCCUCAUUCAGUGACGUGCCAAGGUCUCCCAAGCAGACCCGCAGAGUAUCCCUUUCUUCACCUAAGCAGCCAGCAUCACCAAGUCAUUCACUUACUGACUCAUCAUUACACGGUGAUUCCAGACCGAGCCUAGGGAAACCCAAACAUGAGUGGUUUCUCCAGAAAGAUUCAGAAGGAGACACACCUUCACUUAUCAACUGGCCUUCCAGAGUAAAAGUUAGAGAGAAAUUGGUGAAGGAGGAAAGUGCUCGCAGCAGCCCUGAAAUUGCCUCAGAUCCUUUCACUCAGAGGAAACACCAGCCAACUUCAGGCCAUUGCAUGUCUCUGCAGUCAGAAACAUCUGCUUUUGACAGGGUGAUGAGCAAGCCGGUCAGUUCCACCCGCCAGCCAAUCCAUGGCUACAUUCAGCCGGCUGGUCACACUCACACUGCUAAGCUGGUAGCCUCUGAAAAACUAGAGAGUUUCUGUGGCAGCACCCAGGUGGAACCAGCCGCUCCUGACUUAACAAAAUUUCCCGUACCUAGUGCCAUAGCAGAGGGAGGAAGGGAUGAGAACCUUGAGCUUCAUAUCUAUGAAUCUGACACCAAGGAAGAUACCUUUAGAACAGAAGCAUUUGGGAAAAUCAGGAAAAUCUACCCUGAGGCUCAAGAACAGGUGAAGAAUGAUGAAGACUCUUCAGAAAGCAGUAACCAAAGGAGGCUAACAGUUAGCUCCGUUAUCACAAGCAAGCAGAGAACCAGUGCCUUGGAACCUUGGCAGAACCUCGAGAGCCAAGCCCAACUAUCUGAAGCCCAGUACCAGCCCCCUGAGAAAAUUGGAAGAAACGAAACAGUGAUGUAUGUGCAAAAUCGACCUGUUUCUGAGGCUGCUUCAUCCAAACAUCAGAAGCAGGAAGUGUCCACAAUGAAACACAAACUCCUCACUCGAUCGCUCUCUGAUCACACCGGGGACCCCAAACCAGAAGUCUUCAAAUGUAUGGAAACUGUUUCAAAGAAAGAGCUGCCAUUUCAGCAUGCAGGAGAUGAGGUACUGCCUGGAGAAGUUGGCACAGUGAACACAAAGGUCUCUGUUGCCCAGCUCCGAAAUGCCUUUCUGGAGUCUGUCAGUGCCAACAAGAAAUCUGAACUUCAAUCACGGGUUGAGCGGUCAACCACAGGGAUUGAUUUGCCUACCAAAACGGAACAGGAGAGAGGGUCCCGGAAGCCAAGACGGUAUAUUUCUCCUGGCGAAAGUAGAAAAACUUCUGAGAGAUUUAGAACUCAACCUAUAACUUCAGCAGAACGAAAGGAGAUGGAUAGAUCCACUUCAAAUUCAGAAAUGCCAACUGCUGAGGAUGAAGAAAAAUUGGAUGAACGCGCCAAGCUGAGUGUUGCUGCCAAAAGGCUCCUUUUCAGGGAAAUGGAAAAAUCAUUUGAUGAAAAAAAUAUUCCAAAGCCACGUUCCAGAAAUGCAGCCGUGGACCGACGCCUGCGCCGUUUGCAGGACAGAUCUCACACACAGCCCAUCACCACUGAGGAAGUGGUCAUUGCAGCAACGGAAUCUAUCCCUGCUUCACAUUCUGUGACCAGCCACAAUGUCAUGGCAAGAAUUCCUAAUCCCACUGUAGUUAAGAGCCCUGUGCAACCUACCAGUUUGCAGGCAUCGGCACACCAAAAGGCACUAGCUAGAGAGCAGGCAAAUGAGGCCAAAGAUUCUGCUGAACAAGGUGAACCUGAUUCCUCCACUCUGAGCUUAGCAGAGAAGCUGGCCUUGUUUAACAAAUUGUCCCAGCCAGUCUCAAAAGCGAUUUCUACCCGAAACAGAGUGGACGCUAGGCAGAGGAGGAUGAAUUCUCGUUACCAAACUCAACCAGUCACCCUUGGAGAAGUGGAACAGGUUCAGAGUGGAAAACUCACUCCUUUCUCUCUUACUAUUAACACAUCUGUAUCUACUGUGGCAUCGACAGUUGCUCCAAUGUAUGCAGGGGAUCUACGAACAAAGCCAUCGGUGGAAGAAAAUGCAGGUGCUGCUGACCUUGGAUUCCAUUCACCAAUGGAAAAUACAGACUGUUCAGUGAAGAGCAUCCUAAAGCCACAAGGGUGGCAACCUUUGGGGGAGGAUAUCAGAAGCAAGCGAGGAUCAAGGGAAUUUGGGGAGAUGGAAACUGAGAGAGUCUUAGCUCAAGAGGAGAGGGAGAUGAGAAAGAACAGGUCCUUUGAGGAAGAAGGGAGUUCCUGCCUUUUCCUAAAUAAAACAGGGGAAAGGGACAACCAAAGAAAAUAUACUCCAAGAAAAGGCAGCAUGGAACAUGCUGACCUCCUAGUGCCAUGUCAUGAAGAAAUACGGGAGUUUUCAGUCUCCAAAAGCACUGGACAGAGCAAACAGGACCUGAAGGAAAUGCAAGCCUUGGAGGAAAAGAUGGAUUUGGAGAAUGUUGCAAAAAGCAGGUUCAUGCUACGAGAGCCUGCUGAGCCCACGUCCGAACUUCCUGGCACGAUAGCUACAAAAACUGUUUCUCAGACCACAGCCCUGGUCUCCAGUAGACGAGAGUCUUCAGAGCAGUCGGAGGAAAGACUUUCCAAGAAUCCAUGUAGGAUGUUUGCUGGUGGAGAGAGCAAACUAUCGGAGGAUGCCCUUGAUGCAUCUAGCAAAACCAUGUCCAUCAAAGAAAGGUUGGCACUGUUGAAAAAGAGUGGAGAAGAAGACUGGAAAACCCGGAUUAGCAAAAAGCAAGACUACAACAAAGUGUGUGUCACCGAACGAAGCACGCGGCUGCAAGAGGCAGAGCAGUCCUUCAAGAAGAAGGAAGAAGGAGGAUUUACAGAUGAUAAUGCCAUUUCUAAUCUGCUUUGGGAACCCGUAUACGCUUCUACUUAUUUUCCUGCUAUGCCUGCUGUCCAUAAAUACCAGUCUUUUGUACCCAUUAAUCAGCAGAGGAUGGCAGAAAGUCAUGAAAGCCAAAUGACAAUUGAAGAGAGGAAACAUCUUAUUACUGUAAGAGAAGAAGCCUGGAAGACCAGAGGAAAAGGAGCAGCCAAUGAUUCCACCCAGUUUACCGUUGCUGGCAGGAUGGUAAAGAAAGGUUUAGCAUCACCUACUGCCAUAACUCCAGUAAGCUCCCCCUUUAGCAGUCGAAUGAAGGGCACUACACCGAUCUCCAAACCCCUUGAAGAUAUAGAAGCCAAACCCGAUAUGCAGUUAGAGUCGGAUCUGAAGCUAGAUAGGUUAGAAUCAUUUCUGGGGAGACUGAAUAACAAAGUCGGUGGUAUGCAAGAAACCAUUCUCACUGUUACUGGAAAAACUGUGAAAGAGGUGAUGAAACUGGAUGACUAUGAGACCUUUUCCAAAUUUUACCGCAGCGUGGAUUCUGUGCCUCUAGGAAGAGUGGAGUUGGAUGAGGAUUUUGAUGCAAUUUUUGAUCCUUAUGCUCCCAAGCUGACAUCUUCUGUGGCAGAGCACAAACGUGCUGUUAGACCUAUGCGCAGGGUUCAGUCUUCAAGAAAUCCCUUGAAAAUGCUGGCAGCAAGAGAAGAUAUUCUUCAAGAAUAUACUGAACAGAGAUUAAAUGUUGCUUUCAUGGAGUCAAAACGGAUGAAAGUUGAAAAAAUGUCUGCCAACUCAAAUUUCUCAGAAGUGGCCCUCGCUGGUUUAGCUAGUAAAGAAAAUUUCAGCAGCGUCAAUCUACGGAGUGUCAACCUAACAGAGCAAAACUCCAACAAUAGUGCUGUGCCCUACAAGAAACUUAUGUUGCUACAAAUUAAAGGAAGAAGAAACGUGCAGACAAGAUUAGUGGAGCCACGAGCUUCCUCGUUGAAUGGCGGCGAUUGCUUUCUCCUGUUAACUCCCCAUUAUUGCUUCUUGUGGGUAGGAGAAUUUGCAAAUGUCAUCGAGAAAGCUAAGGCAUCAGAGCUUGCAACUCUAAUUCAGACGAGGAGAGAACUCGGCUGUAGAGCUACUUAUAUUCAGACCAUAGAAGAAGGAAUAAAUACGCAUACCCAUGCAGCAAAAGACUUCUGGAAACUCCUGGGUGGCCAGACAAGUUACCAGUCUGCCGGAAAUCCAGAAGAAGAUGAAUUGUAUGAAACUGCCAUCACAGAAACUAAUUGUGUUUAUCGCUUAGUGGAAGAUAAACUUGUUCCUGAUGACUACUACUGGGGCAAAAUACCAAAAUGUUCUCUUCUGCAGCCAAAAGAGGUCUUAGUAUUUGAUUUUGGCAGUGAAGUUUAUGUAUGGCAUGGAAAGGAAGUCACAUUAGCACAGAGAAAAAUAGCAUUCCAAUUGGCAAAACACUUGUGGAAUGGAACCUUCGACUAUGCCAAUUGUGACAUAAAUCCUUUAGAUCCUGGAGAGUGCAAUCCUCGUAUACCCAGAAAAGGACAAGGGCGACCUGAUUGGGCAAUAUUUGGGAGACUUACUGAGCACAAUGAGACUAUUCUCUUCAAAGAAAAAUUUCUUGAUUGGACUGAAAUGAAGAAGCCUUGUGAAAAGAACUCAAGUGAACUCACCCCACAGAAGGAAGAGCCAAGGUCUGAGGUUAAGGCUUACGAUAUCAUGCUGAUGGUCCCCGUGCCCCAAGUGACCGUCGGCACCAUCUUGGAUGGAGUCAACGUCGGCCGUGGCUAUGGGUUUAUCGAAGGAGAUGACAGGAGGCAGUUCGAGAUUGCCAGUGUUUCUGUGGACGUCUGGCACAUCUUGGAAUUUGACUACAGUAGGCUCCCCAAACAGAGCAUCGGGCAGUUCCACGAGGGAGAUACGUAUGUGGUGAAGUGGAAGUACAUGGUGAGCACUGCAGUGGGGAGUCGGCAGAAAGGCGAGCACCCGGUCAGGACGGCCGGCAAGGAGAAGUGCGUCUACUUUUUCUGGCAGGGCAGACAUUCGACUGUGAGUGAGAAAGGGACGUCGGCGCUGAUGACUGUGGAAUUAGACGAGGAGAGGGGGGCCCAGGUUCAAGUGCUUCAGGGAAAGGAGCCACCAUGUUUUCUGCAGUGCUUUCAAGGAGGAAUGGUUGUACACGCAGGGAAGCGAGAAGAAGAAGAAGAAAAUGCACAAAGUGACUGGAGAUUGUACUGUGUCCGAGGAGAAGUUCCCAUUGAAGGAAAUUUGCUUGAAGUUGCCUGUCACUGUAGCAGCCUGAGAUCCAGGACUUCCAUGAUUGUUCUUAGUGUCAAUAAAGCACUCAUGUACCUUUGGCAUGGGUGCAAAGCACAGGCCCACACAAAGGAUGUUGGGAGAACUGCUGCAAAUAAAAUCAAAGAACAAUGUCCCUUGGAAGCAGGAUUGCACAGUAGCAGCAAGGUGACGAUCCAUGAGUGUGAUGAAGGGUCAGAGCCGUUGGGAUUCUGGGAUGCAUUAGGCAGGAAAGAUCGGAAGGCCUACGACUGCAUGCUACAAGAUCCUGGGAAGUUUAAUUUCACGCCCCGCCUGUUCAUCCUCAGUAGUUCAUCUGGAGAUUUCUCAGCCACGGAAUUCAUGUAUCCUGCCCGGGAUCCUUCUGUGGUCAAUUCCAUGCCCUUCUUACAGGAAGACCUGUACAGUGCCCCUCAGCCAGCACUUUUCCUCGUCGACAACCACCAUGAAGUGUAUCUCUGGCAAGGGUGGUGGCCAAUUGAGAACAAGAUAACGGGGUCUGCCAGGAUUCGCUGGGCCAACGACCGAAAGUGUGCCAUGGAGACGGUGCUUCGCUACUGCAAAGGAAAAAAUGUUAAGAAACCCCCCAAGUCCUACCUUCUUCAUGCUGGGUUAGAACCUCUGACCUUCACCAAUAUGUUUCCAAGUUGGGAACAUAGAGAAGACAUUGCUGAAAUCACAGAAAUGGAUGCAGAAGUUUCUAAUCAGAUAAUUCUUGUGGAAGACGUGUUAGCCAAGCUUUGUAAAACCGUUUAUCCGUUGGCUGAUCUCUUAGCCAGGCCCCUCCCUGAAGGAGUGGAUCCUCUGAAGCUUGAAAUCUACCUUACUGACGAAGACUUUGAAAUUGCACUAGAGAUGACCAGAGAAGAAUAUAACAUGCUGCCAUCUUGGAAACAGGUGAACCUGAAGAAAGCGAAAGGGCUCUUCUAAGCAUCGAUGCUGCCAGUGGAAGAUGAGGCUGGAGAAAUCUCUGUGGUCACUUUCAAUACCGUUGGGCCAGGAAGAUGGACAUCUAUGUGUCCUGGUCUUCAAAUUGUUUAAAAGUCAAAGUAGAAAUGAUUUGAAGUUAUUAGAUACUGCCUGAGCUGGAGUUGUGUAAUUUUGUAAAUGUGUAAGAGAACUCUCUGAAAACUUUCUCCCCCCCAACUCAGAGGGUAUUUCCUGUUUGUAAACUUGGCUCUCCCGUGCACUUAAAGCAGUAGCACCUCAUAGCUGCUGCUCAGCCCUCCUGACUCCAUCCAGCCUUUGCCUAUUCUUUUUUGAAGAUGCUCUCUUUGUAAAGUGUUAUUUUGUUAGCUUGUGGAUUAUUAAAAAAAAAAUUAUAUUUAUAUAAACACCAUAUAGUUCAAGUAUGUAUUUAACAAAACAAAAUAUGUAUUCACUUAAAAAAAAAUUUUUUUUUGGUGUCAAAACAAUACCGAGAAGUAGAUGGAGUUGCUUCUACUGAAUUAUCUAUCCCACAGUCUAUGUAUCUUAUACACGUUCUGAAACGUUUCCUUUGGCAAUGGGCAAGGGGCUAUUCUAAGGAGUACCGCCGGUGCUUAAAGGAACAAAACUUUUAUACUUAGGGCUGGAGACUCUGGAGAAACUCUGUGACCUUCAUACCUUAAUAUCCAAAAACAAACAAAAACAUGUAUAGUGCCUUGUUUUGUGUACAGUUUAUAUACAAAAAAGUUUGGGUCUGCGUUUUUGAAGAUGGUUUGGAACAGUAUCUACAAUUUUACUUUACGAUGAUCGAGGUUUAAAAAAAAAACAAAACAUCUCAGUUUAUAAUACUUGUAAACACAUCUUUUUGUGAUAUAAGAUUCCAAAGUAAGAGCUUCAGAAUAAAACUUUGGCAAUGA